CAAAUUUAUAAAUAAAAUAUAUAUGUGGCAGAGGACAAGGUUUUAUGAUGUCAAGUUAGUAGAGUAUCUAGUGCUCAAGAGAAUUCCUAUUCCUAUGUUUCAGAAACUAACAUAAUUUCCUGACACAAACUAAACAGUUGCUUUUGUCUCAUUUUAGCUGAUCGAUCUGUUCAAUGUCGUGCCUUUCCUUUCUUAGAAAGCUACUUCCACAUAUGCAUCAAAAACCAUGCAAUUCCUCUUUGAUUUGUCAGCUAAAUCCCAAGGUUCACAUCUUUGUCUCUCAUUUUUCGAAGUCCUCUCUUUGUUCAAUCCGUCCAAUAUCAAAACUAUAUAUAUACAUGUUUCAUUUCCAUCCUCUCUCUCCUUCCAUACCUUUUGGUGUGUCAUAUUCACAAAAACCAAAAAUAAAAUAGAAGAAUGACUUCUGUUACUAAUUUCACAUAUAUUUCAGCUUCUUCUUUUCAUGUAAAGUGUUGUUCCAUGAAAGAAAACCACCAUGACCAAUUGAAUAAUAGUAGCAUAAGAAUGAAUGGGAGUUUUAGGUCUCCAAUUAAAGUUGAAUCACUUAGUCAAACAGCUGAAGCUGCACCUACUAUACUUGUUGAAAAUGGUCAACGCCAAAACAUUCCAACAAAGAAGCAAUUGGUUGAUCCUCAUCGUCAAGCUCUCAUUGUUGAAGGUGGUGUUGGUUAUAGACAAACUGUUGUCAUUAGGUCCUAUGAAGUUGGUCCUGAUAAAACUGCUACACUUGAAAGCAUCCUCAAUCUUCUUCAGGCAAUUCAACAUUAAUCACACAAUUUCAAUUACUAUUUUCCCUUUAUUUGCGCUUAUCUAUUGAUACAAACAUUUAUAAGACUGUUUGAUAAAAUUUCUAAAA